GGUCAUGGCGGCGGAAGCGGAAGUGGUGGAAGCGGAAGUCACGGCCGUGUCUCCGUUCCGUUGUCAGCAUGCCGGGCCGUGGCCGUUCCCGCGUCCCCGAGCGGUGGACCGACUACGUCCCGUUGGGCCGCAGGCUGCCGGGCACCCGCUUCAUCGCCUUCAAAGUGCCCCUGAGGAAGAGCUUUAAUCAGAACCUUCAUCCAGAGGAGAGAUUUUCGCCUUAUGACCUCAUUGAGAAAAUCAAAGAGCAGAAAGAAGAACUGGGCCUCAUCAUUGACCUGACGUACACAACGCGCUACUACGGACCAGAGGAGCUGCCAGCUACACUCAGGUAUUCAAAGAUCCUGACAAUGGGACACGAAAUACCAAACAAUCAGACUAUUUUUCAAUUCAAGUGUGUUGUGGAAAACUUUUUGAGAGACAACAAAGACAACGAUAAACUCAUUGGAGUGCAUUGCACACAUGGCUUAAACAGAACUGGCUACCUGGUUUGUAGGUACCUGAUUGACGUUGAAGGCAUGGAGCCCAACGCCGCAAUAGAGUUGUUCAACAGAGCUCGAGGGCACCCCAUCGAGAGGAUGAACUACAUUGAAGAUCUCCGGAGAAGAUCUGGAAUGAAACGUGAAAUGAAGAAUUUGGGGUCAGUCCCCCUCAAAGGAAGAGUGGGCACUGUGUUGAACAAUAGAAAGCAGAAGGCAGAACAUCACCCACAGCGUCCAGAACACCUCCUGUUAACACCGUCCAGGAAUUCUGGCUGUGCCAAAAAGAAGAAAAAGCGACAUCACGGAGUGCCCGAACAACGCCAGGAGCUUGUGCACAAACCUGGGAUGGCUGAGAAAAGGUGGCCUUGCAGUUUGGGUCCGAGGAACUGUCCAGUUUCUUUGCCUUACAACAUGCAGCGCAAUGAAGUGUGCUUCCUAGCUCCAAGUCCCCUCCAGCAACAACCACAGGAGACACACGUGGCCAGGAAGCGCCGGCGGCGGCGGCAUAAGAAACGUAUGGCAGAGUUGAGAGGCACAGCAGCGUCCACUCAGGGCUGUGUUUCCACAAAGGAGUUGCGCAGAGGCUCCAAACUGAGUGAACUGUGACAUCCACCAGCAGCUGAGCUGGGUGGUGGGAACUGCAAGUGGAUGGAGAUGUUCUUGAGAUCAGCACAGCUCUCUUCUUUCUCUUGUUUUUUUUUUCCCCCUUUUUUACACUCUCCUGUGUCUACUUUUGACAACUGACUCUGAAUUUUUGAAUUGCUAUGUGAUAUUCUGCAGUCCUGACUCCGUUUCUCAAGUGAUGGAGGGAAUAAAUGGAACUGGAUUAAUUCUAAAGAAACAUCAUCAGGAGCAUCUCUUUUACCUUCCACAAAAGGGCUUUUGUUGAUCAUUUCCUUAAUACAUGUGAAGAAAUAGGAUUUGGCCUGAAGCUGGGUGACUUUUUUUUUUAAUUUAUUUUUUCACUCACAUUUGCUAGAGUAAACUUGUGCCCUGCUUACAUCCUAAAUGUAUGUUCUGGGCCAGUUUCUCCAGCCCGGUGGGGACGAGAAGCCCUGCAGGGGUGAGCCUCGAGGCCGGACUGAGAGCGGCCCCUUUAAGGCUCGGCGCCCCUCUGGCGUGACGACGCCGAACUUCCGCCCGGCCUCAAAAUGGCAGCCGCUGGGCCGGGCGGAAGCAUGAUGCAGCUGCGAGAUGCCCGGAUGUGACGAGGAGUCGUGAUUGGGUGCUGAAACAGCAGGGGGCGGGGUCACGGCGUCAACCCGGAAGCGCUGCGUGCAGGCUGCGGCUGUCCACCCGGCGCAGAGCUGCUCAGCGCUGCGGCAGGUUUGAUGUGCCUCGUUAUGUCCAACCUUGCUGAUGUCAGCCUCCCACCACAGGAGCGUGUCCAAAGCCUGAUCCGGGUGGGGAGUGCUGUG